AUGGAGGACAGCUUAUUAGACGCAAUUGUGUGUGUCUUCGUGCUGUUCCUUUCCCUUCCACAGGCACACUACGAUGGAAGAGUCGUGUCAAUAGAUCGUCGGCGCCACAGAGUCCUACGAACAGGGGAGGAAAGCUGCCGCUGCACCUUCGGUGUGCGGCUCUUCUGCCACUGCUUCACCCGACCCCCCUCCAACGACACAGCCCAUCCUGCCUCUUGUAACAAUGAACCUGGACCAUUGCCAGCUGCAACCACAUCGUCUGCAACAGCAGCAGCAGCAGCAGCAGCAGCAGGUGCAGCAGCAGCAGCAGCCUCUCGUUGCGUCAAUGUUGGCAGCGACAGAAACAGCAGGGGCGGGACCAGCAGCAGAGAGGGCGUGUGCUCUGACACUGGAGUUACGGAGAUCAGCACCAGUUUCAAUGAUCCUUCUCGCUUUGUUGCAGAUGACGGCCGGGAGAGCCGGCUGGAUUGGGCGAGUGUGAGUUGCCCGAUCUCCGCCCUUUGUGUUAGAGUUAAUCCCCUUCGCCGGCUGCCAGAGCUUCUAGAGCAGCACGUGGCUUUGCUUCGACAGCCGUUUCCGAUUGAAGGGGUAGAACGGAGGGAGGUCCAGGUGGGGGAAGACACGGUGGUGGUGAGUGGUUGGGGUUGGGAGGAUUGGCGGGUGAAUUCCCCGUACUCCUGGUCUGGGCCCCUGCUGCCUGACGCAAGAGCUGGUGCUGGUGGUGCUGCUGCUGGUGGUGCUGUUGCUGGUGGUGGUGGUGCUGUUGCUGGUGGUGGUGCUGCUGCUGUUGGUGGUGGUGGUGCUGCUGCUGCUGGUGGUGGUGCUGCUGUUGGUGGUGGUGGUGCUGCUGCUGCUGUUGGUGGUGGUGGUGGUGCAGCUGCAUCUGUUCCGGCAAGUAGUCAUGCCGACUCCCCUAUUGUCAUUUCUGAUGAUGCUUCUGCCAUUUCUGUUAAUGAUGAUGUUGUUAGUGUUUCUUAUGGUGAUAGUGGUGAUGGUGCUGCUGCUGCUGCUGCUGCUGCUGCUGCUGCUGCUGCUGCUGCUGCUGCUGCUGCUGCUGCUGCUGCUGCUGCUGCUGCUGCUGCUGCUGCUGCUGCUGCUGCUGAGUCUGCUGGUGGUCCUGCCACUGAUUCCGCAGCAGAAAUUGCUCAUGCUAAUUCUGCUGCUAACGCUGCCGCCUCUGCUGCUGCUGCUGCUGCCUCUGCUGCUGCCGCCGCUGAUGCUGCUGCUGCCGCUGAUCAUGCUGCUGCCGCUGAUGCUGCUGCUGCUGCUGCCAAUGAUGCUGCUACUGCUGCCGCUGAAGCUGCUGCUACUGCCGCUGAUGCUGCUGCUGCGGCUGAUGCUGCUGCUGUCGCUGAUGCUGCUGCUGCCGCUGAUGCUGCUGCUGCCGCUGCUGACGCUGCUUCUGCCGCUGAUGCUGUUGCUGUCGCUGCUGAUGCUGCUGCCGCUGAUGCUGCUGCCGCUGCUAAUGCUGCUGUUGCCACUGAUGCCGCUGCUGCCGCUCAUGCCUCUGCUGCCGCUGAUGCCGCUGCUGCCGCUGAUGCUACUGCUACUGCUAAUUCUGUUGCUGCCGCUGAUGCAGCUGCUGCAGCUGAUGCUGCUGCUGCCGCUGCUGAUGCUGCUGCUGCCGCUGAUGCUGCUACUGCUGCCGCUGUUGAUGCUGCUGCUGCCGCUGCUGCUGCUGCUGCUGCCGCUGCUGCUGCUGCUGCCACUGAUGCUGCUGCCGAUGCUGAUGCUGCUGCUGCCGCUGCUGAUGCUGCUGCUGCUGCUGUUGAUGCUGCUGCCGCUGCUGAUGCUGCUGCUGCCGCUGCCGCAGCUGCUGCCGCUGCCGCUGCUGAUGCUUCUGCUGCCGCUGAUGCUGCUGCUGCCGGUGCUGCUGCUGCUGAUGCUGCUGCUGCCACUGCUAAUGCUUCUGUCGCUGCUGAUGCUGCUCCUGCCGUUGAUACUGCUGCUGCCGCUGCUGAUGCUGCUGCUGCCGCUGCUAAUGCUUCUGUUGCUGCUGCUGCCGCUGCUGAUGCUUCUGCUGCCGCUGAUGCUGCUGCUGCCGCUGCUGAUGCUGCUGCUGCCGCUGAUGUCGCUGCUGCCACUGAUGCCGCUGCUGCCGCUGAUGCCGCUGCUGCCGCUGAUGAUGCUGCUGCCGCUGUUGAUGAUGCUGCCGUUGCUGAUGCCGCUGCUGCCGCUGAUGCCGCUGCUUAUGCUGCUGCCGCUGUUGAUGAUGCUGCCGUUGCUGAUGCCGCUGCUGCCGCUGCUGCUGCUGAUGCCGCUGCUGCCGCUGAUGCCGCUGCUGCCGCUGAUGCCGCUGCUGCUGAUGAUGCUGCUGCUGCCGCUGAUGCUGCUGCUGUCACUGAUGCUGCUGCAGCCGCUGAUGCUGCUGCUGCGGCUGAUGCUGCUGCUGCCGCCGCUGAUGUUUUUGCUGCCGCUAAUGCCGCUGCUGCUGCUAAUGCCGCUGCUGCCGCUGAUGCCGCUCCUGCCGCUGAUGCCGCUGCUGCCGCUGAUGCCGCUG